GCGGAGGCUCACCGCAUGGGGCGUCCGCGGGGUCAUCCGGCAGUCCCACUUUCACUUUCGAAUUUCUCUCAAUAAACCGAUUCCCGGAAUCACCGGGGGUUUCUGAGAUCCUGAGAAGGCGGGGACCGACCGCAGAGAGGCGAUGCAUCCCGUCUGGUCUUUGUGCUGCCUCGUCGGCGUGGACUAUGUCACUUUGUACCUACUGCAGCUGAGCCUGCCCCUUUACUUGACCCUGAAUCUCCUCCUGACGUGGGUAAUGGGCCUGGCACGACUGGUCGUCUUGAUGCUGGGUGUCCGUGCAGUGAGCUCCGUAUCUAAAUUGCCCCCCUGGUUAAAAGGAGAACCGUUGCUGGUGUCCUCUGCUGCCCUCAGCCUCUUGGUACCAUCUUGUGCUACCUUCACGGCUGUCCUGUCACCACGGACCAGUGCUGAACUCCUGCACAGAUGUGGGCAUGCAGACCUCUUCAUCUACUCCUACCUGAUCACGGUGACGUCUACAAUCGUUUGGCAUCAGCUGUUCCUCGAUGGUGAAGAUGAGGAGGACAAGGCGGAGUCGCCCCCCUCCGUGUGGAGAUUAAUCGCCCUUCUGAGGCCUUACGGGUGGAGGUUCCUGCUGGUGUCUGUGUUCUUGGUGCUGUCUUCUUGGAGUGAAAUGGUUUUGCCGUCGUACACAGGACAGAUGACGGACUGGAUCCAGGAGAAGAAGGACCCCUCUAUAUUCUGGAACUCCAUAAUAGCCAUAAGUCUGAUCACAUUGUGUAGCGCUGUGACAGAAUUCCUGUGUGACGGUAUCUACAACAUUACCAUGAGCUUGGUUCACACCCAGACCCAGGGGAAGCUUCUCCACGCCAUCCUGAAGCAGGACAUCACUUUCUUCGACACGGUGUCCACAGGUGACAUCACGUCUCGCAUUACGACGGACAUCACGGCGAUGAGCGAAGCCCUCAGCCACAACCUCAGCCUGCUGAUGUGGUAUCUCAUGAGGCUGAUAUUCCUGACCCUCUACAUGUUCAGCCUGUCCUCUAAGCUGACGCUCUUCACCGUGCUGUGCCUCUUAGUAAUCACCAUUGUGCCCAAACUGUCGGGAGCCUUUUCCCAGAAUUUGGCUGUGAAGGUACAGAAGUCCCUCUCGGAGGCCAAUCAGGUGGCCCUGGAGAUCUUCUCCAACAUGAAGACAGUGCGCAGCUUUGCUAAUGAAGAAGGUGAAUGUCGGCGAUAUGAGGCAAAGCUGCAAGACACCUAUGCACUCAACAAGAUGGAGGCCAUUGCCUACGGCGGCACUUCAGUGGCCAACAGCCUGUCCGGGCUCGUGCUCAAGGUGGGCAUCCUCUACUUUGGUGGACGUCUAGUGACAUACGGCGAGGUCAGUGGAGGUGAACUGGUGGCAUUCGUCCUGUAUGAGCUGCAGUUCACGUCGGCUGUGGAGGUGUUGCAGCGCAUGUACCCUGACGUUCAAAAGGCAGUAGGCUCAUCCGAAAAAGUAUUUCAAUAUAUGGACAGAAUUCCUCAGUUGCCACCCCCCGGGAGUCUCAAGCCAACAAAUCUUAAGGGGCAUAUCCAGUUCAAGAAUGUGACGUUUUCAUACCCAAAACGACCGGACACCCAGGCUUUGCAGGACGUCUCCUUUGACCUACGUGAAGGACAAGUGACCGCUUUGGUCGGUGCUUGUGAUGCAGGGAAAUCCACUGUGGUGAAGCUGCUGCUGAAGUUUUAUCAACCACAAAAAGGACAAAUCCUGCUGGACGGGCGGCCGUUAUCUGAGUAUGACAACGAGUAUUACCGCAAGAAGGUGUCCGUGGUGAGUCAGGAGCCUGUCCUUACGGCAAGGUCCUUGAAGGACAAUAUUUCGUAUGGUUUGGGGGAGGUUCCUCUGCCCUCAGUAAAAGCCGCAGCAGUGGCAGCAUAUGCCGACGAUUUCAUCUCAGACCUGGCAAGUGGUUAUAGCACAGGUGCUGGACAAAGAGGUGGACUUCUGUCUGGGGGUCAGAAGCAGAGGAUCGCGCUAGCAAGGGCUUUGUUGAGGGAUCCCAAGAUCCUAAUUUUGGAUGAUGUUAGCAGCUCUCUGGACACUGAAAGUGAACUCAAGAUUCAGAGCACGGUUUACGAUAACCCAAAGAAGCGCACGGUACUGCUGAUAUCUCACCGCAUGAACAUCGUGGAGAAGGCCGAUCACAUUCUGGUUCUGGAAGGUGGUCAGAUCAAAGAGUCCGGUAGACAUGAGCAGUUACUGGCCCAGCAGGGCAGCUACCGGAGACUCUGGGACAAGCAACAUAGCGUGUUUCACCGGGACAGUGGGGAACAAACAUGAAAUCAUCCCAGCUUUAGUGGUGUUUAAAGGGGUUAUCCAGGUUUUAAAAUGGAUGGCCUUGAGAUACGCCAUCAAUAAUAGAUCAGUGGUGUUAUGACUCUCAGCACCUCCUCCAAUCUGUUUGGAGAGGCUGCGGUCCUUGUGGCGAGCUCUGCGGCCUCGUCCUUGCUCACGUUGGUCCAUGCUGCACAAUGUCAUACUUUUCCUAGCAGCUGUCCUAUUACAGCGUAGUCCCAUUCACAAAGGAUACGCCAUACAUUUUUAAAACCUAGAUGAUCCUUUUAAUUUUUCCAGAUCCUGAAGAACUGAAGCAAAUUUAUCUGUGAUGGUUGAACUAGACCGGACUGUACAUAGAAAACUGUAAGAUAGUUUAUAAGGCUGAAGAAAGACAUCCGUCCAUCCAGUUCAACCUGUUAUCCUGCAAGUUUAUUCAGGGGAAGGCAAAAAAAAAAUGCGCGUUAGAAGCCAAUUUUCCUCAUUUUAGGGUAAAAAAAUUCCUAAAUCCCAUUGAACACCUGUGGAGAGAUCUUAAAACUGUUGUUGGGAGAAGGCACCCUUCAAAUAUGAGGGACCUGGAGCAAUUUGCAGAAGAAGAGUGGUCCAAAAUUACAGUUGAGAAAUGUAAGAAGCUUGUUGAUGGUUAUAGGAAGCGAUUGAUUUCAGUUAUUUCUUCCAAAGACUGUGCAACCAAAUAUUAAGAUGAGGGUGGCAGUAAAUUUGUCCAGACCAUUUUUGGA